AUGCCCGAGGAAAGGGAGCGAUCGCGCGAUCGCCGCGACCGACGCAGGGACGACUCGCGCGACCGUCGAAGGCGUAGAUCGUACAGCCGCAGCCGCUCGCGCUCGGCGACGCCCCCGCCGCGCCAGCGACGCCGACCCACCGGAUUCAGCGACGCCCCGCCGCCCGGGUUCAGCGGCGCGGAUGGCGCGGUCGGCGGCGCGGGCGUCCCGCCCGGCAUGGGCAUCGGCGGCGCCGACAUCCCGCCCGGUAUGAACGUAUCGGUCGCGGGCGCGCCCUCCGGCUUCUCCGGCCCGCCGCCCGGCUACGCCAACGCCCAUCCGGGCAACUUGGGAUUAAACCCGGUGCCCAACCAACAAGCGACGCGACACGCGCGCAGGGUGUACGUCGGCAACCUCCCCGGGACGGUCACCGAACCCAAGGUGGCGGCGUUCUUCAACAACGCGAUGCACGCCAUCGGCGGCACCGUCGCCGCGCUCCCCGGCGACCCCGUCCUCAACGUGUACAUCAACUACGAGAAGAAGUUUGCCUUUGUCGAGUUUCGCACGGUCGAGGAGACUUCAAACUGCAUGGCGCUCGACGGGGCGGUGUUGGAGGGCAUCGCGAUGCGCGUGCGCAGGCCCAACGACUAUAACGUCAUGGCAGCCUCCAGCCUCGGCCCGUCCCAACCCAAGGACGGGCUCAACCUCGAAGCCAUCGGCCUCAAUCCUGCGGCGGCGGGGGGGGGCGGCGCCGGCGCGGCGAACGCGUCGCUGACCGAGGAGGACCUCCAACACCGGCUCUUCAUCGGCGGACUCCCGUACUUCCUCACCGAAACGAUGGUCAAGGAACUCGUCGAGGCGUUCGGGCCCACGAAGCAGUUCCAGCUCGUGGUGGACAGGGAGACGGGCAACAGCAAGGGGUACGGGUUCUUCGUGUACCAGGACCACUCCGUGACGGACGUGGCGUGCCAGGGCCUGCACGGGAUGAAGAUGGGGGAGAAAUCGCUCACGGUGCAGCGCGCGAUGCAGGGGGGCGCCGGCGCGCCCAAGCCCACCGCCGCGAGCGUUGGUCCCGGACACACGGCGCUGCCGGGCGCGGACGAGGUCGCCGCGCACCUGGCGGGCGCAUCCGGCGCGCCGGCUGGUCUGUCGGUGCCGCCGCCGCCGAGCGAACAUCCCGCGUCGAGGGUGGUCUCGCUGACGGAGAUGCUCGACGUGGAGGAGCUCAGGGACGACGUGGAGUACGGCGAGAUCAUGGAGGACAUGAGGGAGGAGUGCGGGAAGUUCGGGCGGAUCGAGAGCAUCGUCAUCCCGCGGCCCGGCGACGCGGACGGCGCCGCCGUGCCGGGCCUCGGGAAGGUUUUCGUGCGUUACGAGGACGACGCGGGCGCGGCGGCGGCGAGGAACGCGCUGCACGGGCGCAAGUUCGGCGGCAACGUGGUCAAGGCGGACUUCAUCGACGAGACGGUGUUCGCCUCGCGCGCGUUCUAG